AGCCGAGCAGCGAGAGAAGCAGCAGCGCCCAGAAGACACACACGCACACACACACACCACCACCACCACAAAGAGAGAGCCAGUGAAGAGAGAGAGUGUGUGCCAGCGAGUGCCAGGAAGAACAGUAAACCCCCAGACACAAGAUGAUGAUGGAGAACGGUCUCUCCAUGGAGUACGGAGACGGCUACAUGGAACAGGAGGAGGAAUGGGAGCGUGAGGGUCUCCUCGAUCCUGCGUGGGAGAAGCAACAGAAGAAGACAUUUACCGCCUGGUGUAACAGUCAUCUGCGCAAAGCUGGCACCGCCAUCGACAAUAUCGAUGAGGACUUCCGCAAUGGCCUCAAGCUGAUGCUGCUGCUGGAGGUGAUCUCCGGCGAGACGCUGCCCAAGCCCGAUCGCGGCAAGAUGCGCUUCCACAAGAUCGCCAAUGUGAACAAGGCCCUCGACUUUAUCGCCUCGAAGGGCGUGCAUCUGGUGUCGAUUGGCGCCGAGGAAAUUGUCGAUGGCAAUCUGAAGAUGACACUCGGCAUGAUCUGGACAAUUAUCUUGCGCUUUGCCAUACAGGACAUCUCCGUGGAGGAGAUGACCGCCAAGGAGGGUCUGCUGUUGUGGUGCCAGCGCAAGACGGCGCCCUACAAGAAUGUCAACGUACAGAACUUCCAUCUGUCGUUCAAGGACGGUUUGGCCUUCUGCGCGCUCAUCCAUCGCCAUCGCCCAGAUCUGAUCGACUACGCCAAGCUUUCCAAAGACAAUCCAUUGGAGAACCUGAACACUGCCUUCGAUGUUGCUGAGAAGUAUCUCGAUAUUCCAAGAAUGUUGGAUCCAGAUGAUUUGAUCAACACACCGAAACCGGAUGAACGUGCCAUCAUGACGUACGUCUCCUGCUACUAUCACGCCUUCCAGGGAGCCCAACAGGUUGGAAAUGUGACGCAUGUACCCGAACCCACAAGACAAUACACCUACGUCCCGAAUAAUUACAAUGCGGAAACGGCUGCCAACCGCAUCUGCAAGGUACUCAAGGUCAAUCAGGAGAAUGAGCGUCUCAUGGAGGAGUACGAGCGUCUGGCCAGCGAUCUGCUGGAGUGGAUACGCCGCACAAUGCCGUGGCUGAACUCCCGCCAGGCGGACAACUCGCUGGCCGGCGUCCAGAAGAAACUGGAGGAGUAUCGCACGUACCGACGCAAGCACAAGCCCCCGCGUGUGGAGCAGAAGGCAAAACUCGAAACCAAUUUCAACACCCUGCAGACGAAGCUGCGUCUGUCGAAUCGUCCGGCCUACCUGCCCACCGAAGGAAAGACCGUCUCCGAUAUCUCGAACUCGUGGAAGGGUCUCGAGCUGGCCGAGAAGGCAUUCGAGGAAUGGCUGCUGGCCGAGACCAUGCGCCUGGAGCGACUCGAGCACUUGGCCCAGAAGUUCAAGCACAAGGCUGAUGCCCACGAGGACUGGACGCGCGGCAAGGAGGAGAUGCUGCAGUCGCAGGACUUCCGCCAGUGCAAGCUCAACGAGCUGAAGGCCCUCAAGAAGAAGCACGAGGCCUUUGAGUCGGACCUGGCCGCCCACCAGGAUCGCGUUGAACAGAUCGCCGCCAUUGCCCAGGAGCUCAACACCCUGGAGUAUCAUGACUGUGUGUCGGUGAAUGCCAGAUGCCAGCGCAUCUGCGAUCAGUGGGACCGCUUGGGUGCCCUCACUCAGCGUCGGCGCACGGCGCUGGACGAAGCGGAGCGCAUUCUGGAGAAGAUCGACAUCUUGCAUUUGGAAUUCGCGAAGCGUGCGGCACCGUUCAACAACUGGCUGGACGGGACACGCGAGGAUCUGGUUGAUAUGUUCAUUGUGCACACCAUGGAGGAGAUCCAGGGCCUGAUCCAGGCGCACGAUCAAUUCAAGGCGACGCUCGGCGAGGCCGACAAGGAGUUCAAUCUGAUUGUGAAUCUGGUGCGCGAGGUGGAGUCCAUUGUGAAGCAGCACCAGAUACCCGGCGGUCUGGAGAAUCCCUACACGACCCUGACCGCCAACGAUAUGACCCGCAAGUGGAGCGAUGUCCGCCAGCUGGUGCCACAGCGCGACCAGACGCUGGCCAACGAGCUGCGCAAGCAGCAGAACAACGAAAUGCUGCGCCGUCAGUUCGCCGAGAAGGCCAAUGUGGUGGGUCCCUGGAUCGAGCGGCAGAUGGAUGCCGUGACGGCGAUAGGCAUGGGCCUGCAGGGCUCCCUGGAGGAUCAGCUGCACCGCCUCAAGGAGUACGAGCAGGCUGUGUACGCAUACAAGCCGAAUAUCGAGGAGCUGGAGAAGAUCCAUCAGGCCGUGCAGGAGUCGAUGAUAUUCGAGAAUCGCUACACCAACUACACGAUGGAGACGCUGCGUGUCGGCUGGGAGCAGCUGCUCACAUCGAUCAAUCGCAACAUCAACGAGGUGGAGAACCAGAUCCUGACACGCGACUCAAAGGGCAUCAGCCAGGAGCAGCUGAACGAGUUCCGCUCCAGUUUCAAUCACUUCGACAAGAACCGCACCGGCCGUCUCUCGCCGGAGGAGUUCAAGUCCUGCCUCGUGUCGUUGGGCUAUUCGAUCGGCAAGGACCGACAGGGCGAUAUGGACUUCCAGCGCAUCCUCGCCGUUGUCGAUCCCAACAACACUGGCUACGUGCACUUUGAUGCCUUCCUCGAUUUCAUGACCCGCGAGAGCACCGACACCGACACUGCCGAGCAGGUCAUCGACUCCUUCCGCAUCCUGGCAGCCGAUAAGCCAUACAUAUUGCCCGACGAACUGCGCCGCGAGCUGCCCCCAGAUCAGGCUGAAUACUGCAUCCAGCGCAUGCCACCAUACAAGGGCCCCAACGGAGUGCCCGGUGCCCUGGACUACAUGUCCUUCAGCACAGCUCUCUAUGGCGAAACCGAUUUGUAAGACCCCCGAGGCUUACGCAGCCCACGCGGAUACGAGAAGAAGCCGAGCCGAGCCGAGGCGACUUGAGCGGAAUGGAGGAGCAGGAAG